AUGGGUCACAUCGAGACCGACGAGCUUCUCAACGUGAUCCGCCACGAGAUGCGGUUGGAGGACGAGGACGGCCCGGGUCUCUGCUCUCGGAUUCUCCUAACUCCCGACCGCCGACUCCGAUCUGGUGGGCUACCAUUGGAUUUCCGAGGAAAGGCGGCGGACAACUGCGGGGGCGAGUUCGAGGAGGCGUACGAGGUGAGAGCAAACGCGCUCUAUCGCUCCACACUUUCAAAUUUCAGAUUCCGUUGUACGAAGAGCCGCUGCACACGCGCAGUCUGAUCAACGAGUUGCUGGCGGUGCAGACGGAGGAGAAGAUCAAAUCGGAGCGGCGCGACAACAUCUACACGGGCCCGCUCGACGCGCUCUUCGUCAAACAAGAGCCGCCCGUGUGGCCGCCGGUGCCACCCGUCGGCCCAUCGGCUCUCGAGCGCUAUUUGGAGGAGAACGCGGGGUGUUUGAACAACCCGCUCGGCGCGUAUUUGAAAUUCGCCGCUACCAACACCGAUCCGUCCAGGGACAUUGAGAUUAUUGUGCCGAAGCCGCCGAAUUGCGAGGAAGAGUUCAGAAGCUUCCGCGUUUCCGUCAUGUCAAAGGCCCGGAUGAGGGAGGUGGUCGGAUACUGUAUGCUUCAAUAUUCAUUGCUUUUCGAUGAAUAUCUUCCGUAGGUUUUUCUUGAAUCUCGACAAAUUGCGCAGUUUCUACAGUACGCGUAGGAGUGGUCGUAGAAAAAAGUUGUCAACGGAAGAAUGAAGGGCGGUCCAACAUAGUAGAACUGGGCAGAAUAGAACUGUUUUUGUGUAUUUAUAUGGGCAUUUUGUCCGUUUCUUUCAGUUAACUUUCGCAAAAUUUUUCGUCUCUCGAACAAUUAAGCAGAAGACCACCUAGCCCAGAACCUAGAAAAUUACCUAGAAAAUUGGUUUCCUUUCCUUUUUGAUAGUACAAUAAAAUUAUUUUCUGUGGGUUUUCGUUACCGUAGAGAAAAGGGAUCACGAGGGAAGUGAAAUUAAUGAAUGCAAUAAAUCGAUCACGAGAUUCAAAAAUUAUCUUUUUCUACGAAACAAUUAUUCUACAGAAAGGAUUAAAAAGCGCUCCAAACAGUUAUAUUGUGUCGCAGUUCUAUUAUGCGUAGUAACAGUCAUUUAUCGUUUCAUUUCAGCGGCGAAGUGGAAGACUACCAGUUCUACCUGGCCGAAGAGGACGGCGAGAUCGAGUACGAGCUGCCCGCGCUGGACAGCUCGAAACUCGUCGGUCAACUCGGCUUCACCUGCCUCGGCCUCGUCUCGCGAAUCAAGAAAAACGGGGGGAAACGGCAGAAGAAGGCGGUGGCGGUGUGGUUUCUCGACAAGGAUCAGUACGUGAUUGAGGUGGAGAACAUGGAGAAGCCGUUGCGAUGGCUGCGCGACGAGGCUCUUCGGCUCCGCACGGAAAACGUGCAGAAGACGCCGAUCAGGGGACUCGUCGAAGAGAAGGAGUACUUCCUUGAGGCCGUGGAUCAGUUCGACGUGAGAUUGGACCUUGAGAAUAGCAUCGCCAGCGCGCGCAGCCUCGAAUUUGUGAUGAUUCGGAAGAACAGCUCGCGCGCGGGAUUCCAUCCGCGUGGCGGACGAUACGGCCGGCAGAUGAGCGCGAUGCUCACGCUCAAAAUGCCGAAUAGUCCGAUUGCGGCCGGGCCGAUGACACCGCUGCCGACCGUCAUCGAGCACGAGGACAAUAGCGCCGUGUGUAAGUUGAACGCUUCUUAACCGGGUUGCUAAAGUUUAACGCUAAACGUCUAGUUUCAGUGUCCUCCCCGGCAGUCGCGUGGAACGACGAAGGCGGUCAACUCUCCUCGUUCACGGUGAUGCGCGUGCAUCGUUUCAAACCGAAGUGGAAGGCAAGACUAGGUACGGUGGUCGUGGCCUAGAAACCAAAAUAUUUAAAAUCUACAGUAAUUCGUUGGACGUCGUUCGAAAUCGACAAAUACACGGUGGACAAGUCGGCGUUUCUACCGCAAGGAUACCAGAAACAGACAAAAGUGCCGUGGGAGUACGUCGGCGGAGUUCGUGUCCAACAAAAGGAUCCAAAGCGUGAGGACACUCGGACUCUUCGCAACUUUGUACGAUUUUCAGCCGGACGCGUCGACACGUGGCAAAUCACGUUCUUCUGGCUGCCCGUGCUCAGCGAGGAGACGAUCCAGAAAGCGGUCGGCGACGACGAGUGGAAUCUGCGGCACGUGGCGACGCUCUACCAGACGGAGGAGCGCUGGCGAAGUGUGAGCGUGGAGACUGUGUUCAAGCCGGACGUCGACGAGAUCUCCAGCCAGAUGAACUCGAUCCUGCAGGCACGCGACUCCUCCAUCUACAAGGCGUUCUCGCACUCGUCGUUCGGCGCGCUCACGCCCGCCGCCAGCGCCGAUCUGGCACUGAUGGACAGUGCCGAAGGCGUGGCGAUCCGUUCGCCGACCUCCGACACGCCGACGACGUCGUCCGGCAAAAGUGGAGGGCGCAUGCGGAAAAUGUCGAAAAUUCUGAUGGCCAGUGUGCUCGGCAAGAAGUCUGAGUAA